UCUUAUUCUCACUAGAAGCAUUAGAUCUAAGUGGAAACUUAUUUUCAGAGAUACCUCAAAACAUCUUCAGCUCGAAAAGCUGGAGUACCUCGGCUUAAGAGAUUGCCUGCAGCUAAGAUUAAUACCUGCACUUCCACCCCGGCUGACAAAAUUAGAUGCAGAAAAUUGCAUUUCUCUGCGUUCUGUAACUAGUAAAUCAACAGGAGUGGAAGGAAACAUUUUUGAAUUCCUUUUCACUAAUUGUUACCAGUUGAAUAAUUUGGCAAAGAAGCGUAUCAUGGCAUAUGCACUAACAAAAAUUCAUUGUUAUUCCAAAAGGCUGUGCAAUCAGAUACCUUCUGUGGAGGCAAGGGAAUCUUGUUUAUGCUUCUCUGGAUCUGAAAUUUCAAAGUGGUUUAGCCAUCAAAAUAUAGGAUUUUCCACAACAAUCCAGCUGCCUUCACAUUGGGCUAAUAGCGAGUUCCUGGGUUUCAUUCUCUGUUCUGUUAUAGCAUUCAACAAACUCCAUAUAGACGACUCUGGUUUCCAAGUGAAAUGUAGAUACCAUUUCAAAAAUGAAUCUGGAGACAGCAAUGAUCUAUAUUGUUAUUUCAGCUGUUGGUAUGGUUCAAGAAAUUUGAGGAAGCAUCAUAUGUUCAGUGGGUAUGAUCGGUGUUUGGAUGUUAAAAGGUGAUGGGUUUGGUAAAUACAAUUAAGGUUUUAAUUGAAUUCUACCUUGAAGAUAUGAAUGGACUUCCUUUUCUCUGCUCUGAUGUUUGGAAUUGUUGGGUCUGUCUGCUAUAUGCUCAAGAAGAAAGCUUCUGUAGAAGUCUAGCCAUAACAGUCACCUUUCUAAGGGCCUGUUUUGGUCUAACUAUUGAAUAUAGCUGAUAACUGUUAGCUGUAGUUAUUACUGUUAGUUGAUAGCCGGUAGCUGAUGAUAGCUCAUUUAUGUUAAGUGUUUGGUAAAAUUAUAUUUAGGUUUUACUAUUGAUAUGUAAAAUAACUA